AUGGAACUGGCCACUAGAAGGGGCCUGGAUGUGAUGAGGCCGUGCGUGUUUGCGCAGAUUCUGCUGAGGAAAGGGGGGAUUCGGGAGCCGACGUUCCGGCCGAAGGCACGUCAGUUUCUGCUGUUUCCGACCUCUUUUCAUGCCGAGCCCGGCAUGGUUAAAGAAAACUUCCGCGGGAGGUACUUCGAGGAGUCGUUGUCUGCGCAAGGGGAUGGGCAUAUUUUGCCCAUUCAGCACUUUGCCCUUGUGACUGGUGCCUGGGCAACCAAGGACCCCCACAUUCUAGCCGUCUUGGAAGACUUGCACAUUUGGACUGAUCAAUACAUUGAAGGGCGGUUGAAGUGGCGCUCCAGCCAGCCCCUCACUGUGCUGGAGGUUCGAUGCUACACAUUGCCACAGCCCAAGGCACUGGCGAUGAGGGAGGACUUCUCUGGGUGCUUCUCCUGGG